GUUUCUAGGAAAUCUAUACUUUUGGAAGAAUACUGGGACAAGGGAGUUUUGGAAUGGUCUUUGAAGCUACAGACAAGGAAACAGACACUAAGUGGGCAAUUAAAAAAGUGAAUAAAGAAAAGGCUGGAAGCUCUGCUGUGAAGUUACUCGAACGUGAGGUGAACAUCCUAAAAAGUGUAAAACAUGAGCACAUCAUACACUUGGAACAAAUAUUUGAGACGCCUAAGAAAAUGUACCUUGUGAUGGAGCUUUGUGAGGAUGGAGAACUCAAAGAAAUGCUGGAUAGGAAAAGCCAUUUCUCAGAGAAUGAAACACGGUGGAUCAUUCAAAGUCUCGCAUCAGCUAUUGCGUAUCUUCACAAUAAGGAUAUAGUACACAGAGAUCUAAAAUUGGAAAACAUAAUGGUUAAAAGCAGCUUUAUUGAUGCUAACAAUGAAAUGAACUUAAAUAUAAAGGUGACUGAUUUUGGCUUAGCAGUGCAGAAGCAUGGUGGGAGUGAAGCCAUGCUGCAGGCCACUUGUGGGACUCCCAUCUAUAUGGCACCUGAAGUCAUCAACGCCCACGACUACAGCCAGCAGUGUGACAUUUGGAGCAUAGGUGUCAUAAUGUACCUUUUAUUAUGUGGAGAACCACCCUUUAUGGCAAACUCAGAAGAGAAGCUUUUUGAGUUAAUAAGGAAGGGAGAACUGCAUUUUGAAGAUCCAGUCUGGGAUUCCAUAAGUGAUGGUGCCAAAAGUGUUUUGAAACAACUUUUGAAAGUAGAUCCGGCUCACAGAAUUACAGCUAAGGAACUACUAGAUAACCAGUGGUUGACAGGCAAUACGCUUUCUUCAGUGAGACCAACAAAUGUAUUAGAAAUGAUGAAAGAAUGGAAAAAUAACCCAGAAAGUGAUGAGGAAAACAAGAAAGAGGAGAAGAAUAAUCAGUCCCAUAAAGAAAAGUUGGAAUAUUACCGACAACACAGAAAUGUCCCUGCUGUCAAUAGCACUUCAGAUGAAAAGGAGGAAAAACCAGCCAAACAAAAAACCACAGGAACACGAGAUAAGCCCACUGCUUUUGAAAAGAAAUUGCUGAAAGUUGGUAAGAAAACAGAUACAAGUGACUUUGACUCAUGCUGUUCAAGUUCCACGUCUAGCAGACUCCUCUCACCUGAACUCAAGGGAGAUGUAGAGAAAACUUCUGCGGUGCCAAGCCCAGGAGGAGUAACCAAAUCCACUGUUAAAUCCACUGCCCUGUUUCGAGCCAAAAAAAAGCCCUAAUGUACCCUCCAGUGCUGAACAAACAGUACCAAAACGAACUGCUCUUUCUAGUGCUAAAGGGAGGGGUGAGGAGGGGAAGGGACCGAGCUGCGCCGAGCUUUCGGCCUCCUGGACUGUGGGGCCCUGCCUUGUGGCUGCACCAGUUUAAAAUUGAAGCUAGUUAUCUCCAAAGGAGCAUAAACUGCACGGAGUAUUAAAGCACAGCCACUAACAGGCCCGAUGGCCAUGCGGCUAAAAUCAACUCAAGAUGUAGCCAGGGGUUGUUUAAGGGGCAGAUGCCCUCCAUGAAGGCUGGGGCAGUACUGCUUGGUUUUACUUCAGAGUCUUAUGUUUAAGCACAGUUGUUUAUAGGGAAAACAAGAGGCCAAAUAUGGUAGUGGGGGUUCCACAUAAUUAUGUGCACUUCGCACUACAAGACUUUGUUAGAAAAUUACCAAUAACCUGGCCAUAGCGUUACGGCAGAAGUGCUUCAGUCCUCCACAUGUGUUCAUGUAAUUUUAGGUCACUAUAGUUGUUUAAAACAACUCAUUGUAAGCAUAGAGAAAUAAGACAGUUUGUAACUGCUUACCAUUAACUUGCUGCUAAAUUCCCAAUGCAUUGAUUCAAUCAAUAAA